AUAAAAUGGACAUGCUAAGAUUGAGUGCGUCUCAAGUCGACUUCGAGUACAAUAAACUAGACAAUAUGCAUUCUUCAAUCACUUUAUAUAAUGAUACUCAUCAACCCAUCGCUUAUAAGGUAUUUCUUUAUCCAAUCGUGAUCCUAAGUUUAAAGCUACCAAUCUCAACAUUUUCUUGGUCAAACCCCCUUUGGGAAUAGUGUAGCCCAGACAGAGUUAAUUAGUCAAUAUUAUACUUAAUAGCAAAGUCCUUGAGAUUAAUUCAAUCAAGGAUUUUAAUGAAAAAUUGCUAUUGAUUACAACCACCUUGCCUCAAGGGGUUCAAGAUGUUGGGCCCAUAUUCUUGGAUAAAAUGAGGAAGUCUGAAAAAUAAAAGAUUAAUAUUGCUAUUCUUACUCAAGAUAGAAAAAUUGUUGCUCAAAGUCAAGGGAAUCAAAGUCAAAUGUUCCAAUCAGUUAAUAAAUAGUUUGGACAGGCAGAACCUGCACGUGUCAUUGCUAUUCCUACUGCGGAUAAGGCUAAAAUCGAAGCUGAAUACUUUUGCAAUAAAUUUGAAGUAUUACAACAGGAAGUCACCAAGAAGGAAUAAGAAUUAGUAAUCAUUGUUAUUAAAUUGAUAGCAAGAUGUUUAAAAAUUCAACAAUACUUUGACUGAAAGAGCAAAUAUCAAACCAAAAUCGGGAAAAUUGGAUAUACUCAUUUUCCUGUUAUCCUUACUUGUGUCUUUUUUCUUGAGUUUACAUUACCAAAAUCAUAUUUUAUAAGUAAUCAAUUUAUGA